AUGCCUCCCGGAGCGGUGAUUUCCCCACCAGAGUCCGCUCCCAAUUCAAGUGACGAGGAGUCGACGCACCAGCAACGGGAUAUCCUACAGUUGGAGGAGCUCGAGGCCGCAGUGAGGUCGAUUGAACAGCGACGGGCUCUCUCUCCGGAACGGUCAUCGCCAGCCGAGAGACCCUCGUCGAGUACCAUCUCCGCCACCCGUAUGGAACAGCCCUCUCGCCCACCCCUGACCAAGGAGGCGCGCAAAAUCUCGCACUCUCGGUCGGCCACUGAGAGCUGCAUUCCUCAGAAGCAUGAAGAAGCCGUGACAAGCUCGCCCGAGGAGAGUGAGAGAGAUGACGAGCCUUACAGGAAACAGCCCAUGGUACGGAAGAAGUCGGGUGAACUUGUCAGACCAGCUUUACGCCCCCCCUCGUCCCGGCGGCGGCCCUCUAGCAUGCCAGGCACCCCGACAUACGCCAAAGUGGUUCACUUCGACUCUCAGCUCGAGCAUAUUCGCCACUUCCUCCAGUUGGAUAAACCACAGGCCGUUAGUGCCAACACAUCUCCUGUGGAGGAGUAUAACCAUGAAAGCGAAUUCCCUUUCGAGGCCCCGUCCUUCGAGUGGGAUAUUCGUCUGUCGAACUUUCCCAAGGAUUCGCCUGCCCGGGCUCUUCAGAAGGUUCGACUCGAACGGUUGCACCUGUCAUCUGACAAGAACACAUUGGUUGGUGUUGUAGCAGUGGCCAAUCUAGCUUUCCACAAGCAAGUUGCCGCUCGCUUCACCUUCGAUUAUUGGAGGACAGUUUCCGAGGUCGCUGCUCAGUACAAUGACGAUGUCCGCCGGAAGCAAAUCAACGAUGGCUACGAUCGAUUCUCUUUCAGCAUUAAAUUGACUGAUCAGGCAAAUCUCGAGCACAAGACCAUGUUUGUUUGCAUUCGCUACAGCGUGGCUGGGCAGGAAUUUUGGGACAACAACAACUUCAUGAACUACCAAGUGAAUUUUGUUAAGACGCCUAAGCCCCGUCCGGAAUCUCGAUGCCCGUCCACCUCAAGCUCCCGCCCGGCCCUUCCGCGCAGCAAGAGCUUCGCUGGUUCGCACAGCCGUCCUCAUACCAUGGCAUCAUCGUUCGACACCCUCGACAACUUCGAGGAUAUGAACGACUACCUUUCUUUUGGUCGUCCUAAGAAGACAAAGGAGGAACCCUCACCCGAAAAUCUGUUGAAGGAGGUCCACAGCAUGAAUUCCGCCCGCCGUGAAAAGCAGAACCGUCAAGUAUUUGGUAACCGGUAUGAUUUUGGGGCUUCGCUGUCCGCAGUCAUGCGAACAAAACCCUCCCAUGAUCGCACAACUUUAACUGCCCAAGCCAAGUCCGGAAAUGGCCAGUCCAAUUCCAUAAGCCCGGCUCCUGCGAAAAAGGCGGAAGGUCUGCCCAUUAACAAGGCAACGGUAGUCCCCCAAGUUAGCCCUCAACAUGUGCAACCCUCUUCUUUGUUGUCCAGCAAGCCACAUCAUGAUUCGUCCGUGUACAAGGAGCUAGUCGACAAGUUUUGCUUCUAUGGGUCGCCCAAGGGCCCCAACGGCAUCAAUCGACCUGUGAACAAGGAGACGACUGAUCUACAGCAAGAGUCUUCCAGCACUUCCAGCUCACCUUCACCUCCGCUGUCGCCCCCCUUGUCACCGCGCGCGAUCGAACCCCUCGGCAUCGGACUUGGGGACAGCUGCUCCUCGUCUGCGAGCCCUAUCAGCUCGAGCCCUCGUAAUGCUUCACCAUCACCAACUCGCUUUGAUUAUUCCCAUCAUCCUCAUAUCCAACCCAAUUUCUUUAAAGAGUCUCACACCCCUGCCGCUAUUCGGGGAUGA